GGCGAGCUGCCUCUUCGCUUCACGCUGUCCCGCGGGCCCCGCGCGUCAGCGAAACAGGAGCCGCCCGAGGUUUAGCUUGUUCCCCCUCAAUCCCCCCGCGCCGCCGGCGAGCAAGGGAGGGAGGAGAUCUGCUUCGCGGGACCAUGGCGGCGGCGGAGCAAGGAGCGGACGCCGUGAAGGAGGAGGAGGAGCAGGUGGUGAACCCGUGGGAGGUGUCGGCGGGGAAGGGCGGCAUCGACUACGACAAGCUCGUGGACCAGUUCGGCUGCCAGCGCCUCAACGCCGCGCUCGUCGACCGCGUCGCGCGCCUCACCGGCCGCCCGCCGCACGUCUUCCUCCGCCGGGGCCUCUUCUUCGCGCACCGGGAUUUUAACGACAUACUGGAUCUGUAUGAGAAGGGGGAGAAAUUCUACCUGUACACGGGGAGGGGGCCCUCGUCGGAGUCGCUGCACCUCGGCCACCUCAUCCCUUUCAUGUUCACCAAAUAUCUGCAGGAGGCUUUCAAUGUGCCCUUAGUUAUACAGCUAACUGAUGAUGAGAAGUUCUAUUGGAAGAAUUUGACUGUUGAGGAAAGUAAAAGGCUUGCUCGUGAAAAUGCUAAAGACAUUAUAGCAUGCGGUUUUGAUGUUGACAGAACUUUCAUUUUCACGGAUUUCGGUUAUGUUGGAGGCGCCUUUUACGAAAAUAUGGCUAAAGUUGCCAGAUGUGUGACAUACAAUAAGGCUGUAGGAAUAUUUGGAUUCUCACCUGAGGAUCACAUAGGAAAGUGUAGCUUUCCUCCAGUGCAAGCAGUUCCAUCCUUUCCUUCUUCGUUUCCCCAUCUCUUCGCUGGCAAGGACCAACUGCGCUGCCUUAUCCCAUGUGCCAUUGACCAGGAUCCUUAUUUUAGGAUGACUCGUGAUGUUGCUCCCAGAAUUGGUUAUCAGAAACCAUCACUGAUUGAAUCAAGAUUUUUCCCUGCUCUUCAGGGGGAGAACACAAAAAUGUCAGCCAGUGACGCAAAUUCUGCGAUAUAUGUUACAGAUAGUGCUAAAGAAAUAAAGACAAAGGUGAACAAAUAUGCCUUCUCAGGUGGACAGGACUCGAUAGAGCUCCACAGAAAACUUGGAGCUAACCUUGAUGUGGAUGUUCCAAUCAAGUACCUAAACUUCUUCCUUGAAGAUGAUGACGAGCUUGAGCACAUAAAGAAGGAGUACAAGGAAGGAAGGAUGUUGACUGGUGAAGUGAAGCAACGACUCAUCUUAGUUCUAUCUGAGCUGGUUGCUAGGCAUCAGAGAGCUAGAGCUCUAGUGACCGAUGAGAUGGUUGAUGCAUUCAUGGCAGUCAGGCCUCUUCCCAGAAUGUUUGGCUGAUGACAAGCUGGGAAGAACAUUUUUGUUUUUAGGGAGAAUUUAUGGGAUUUGUAAAACUCUGGCUAGUGUGUCCCCUUAUUACACCCUUCUUGGAUCUAUGCGAACCUGGCCAGCCGUCCUGUUCAAGCAGGUUGAUUUUUGUUAUUAAAUCAAUACAUGAUGUUACUUAAAGUUUGUAUCACAAGCAUGGUCCAUCAGUGUAGAGCUUGAGUGCACUUUAUGUGAAUCAGAAGAGAUUGACGCGCUUGAGUUGA